AGGGGGAGGGGGCGAAGAAGAUUGAAUACUGUAAAGGGUUUCUCUUCUCUACUGCUGCAUGGCGGGAAUUGUAGUUUCAAAUACAACCAUAGGGGGUGGGGUGCCAUUUCUUAGCCUAAGGGUUCCGCGGUGGGGGUGAGAAGGAGGGAAAGCCUUGUGCUCUUUUCUGCCGCCAUCUUGUGACCUAGUCUGGCCGUCUCCUCCUCCCAACGUUGCUUCACUUGGGCCGGUGCUCCGGAAGAGGGAGCUGAGGAGACGGUUGUGAGAGCAGCCUGUAGCUUGGAGUGCCUUGGUGGAAAGGAUCCUAGACCUGGAGCUGUCAGUCCAGCCAAUUCUUCCUCCCGCCCCCGCAGUUCCACCGCCUGGUGCUCUGCUUGGUUACUCAGAACUUUAUCAGCUCAUUCACAUAACUGAUUCUGACCGUCUUUUGCGCAAUGGCAAAAUAUGGCAAUGGCAGGUGAUGGCGGAUCCAGGGAAGAUAACACAAAGAUCAUAGUAAAUGAGGUGCAAGCUUCAAUUGUGUCACCCUUAGAUUUAAGUUAUCAUCCAGCCCACAUAGCUGAAGUAAGAAGAAACAAACUCAUAAUGCCAAUAUAGAUUGAUGACUGUUGUCUAAACUGGUUUAAAACUAAACCAGUCUUUCAGCCAAAAUGAGAAGGAGCAACACACAAUGUACAUACAGGAUGUGGUUUCCAAAUAACUGAAGUGUGACGCAAACCUCAUGAAUUUCAACCACAGAGAUUCAGAAAACAUCACUGAUGUUUCCCCUAAUGAAGACCUCCCUGAAGUUGAGCUGGUGAACAUGCUAGAAGAACAGCUGCCUCAGUACAAGUUGCAUGUGGAUUCUUUAUAUCUCUCUGAAAAUGUUGACUGGAUCCAGUCUCCAGGCUGCCACAGUAACGUCCCUGAAAUCACUUCUCCGAUCCUUGCUGAGGAGACUUUCCGUUACAUGACUCUUAUUGAACUUCCUCCUUCUUCCUUGGCCGGACCUCACAAACAUGCACAAGUUCUUGGCACAGACAGACGAGAGCUGGUGACAAAAAACUACAAUGAUGUUGAAGUGGUCACACAUCUGCUGGCUGAGAGAGAUCGGGACCUUGAAUUAGCAGCACGAAUUGGACAAGCCCUACUUAAACGAAACCAUAUCCUAACUGAGCAAAAUGAAGCUCUGGAAGAACAAUUGGGCCAAGCCUUUGACAAGGUUCACCAGCUACAGCAUGAACUAACAAAAAAAGAUGAGCUGCUUCGUGUUGUGUCCAUUGCUUCUGAAGAAAGCGAGACUGAUUCUAGCUGUUCCACGCCUCUCCGCUUCAAUGAGUCAUUCAACCUAUCACAGGGUCUCCUACAGUUGGAUAUAUUGCAGGAUAAACUCAGGGAACUAGAAGAGGAGAACCUUUCUCUUCGGACAAAGGCCUGCCAUCUAAAGACUGAAACCAUGACAUACGAAGAGAAGGAGCAGCAGUUGGUCAGUGACUGUGUCAAAGAGAUCAAGGAAACAAAUGCUCAGGUUGCAAGAAUGAGUGAGGAGCUGAUGAGGAAGAAUGAAGAGUUGCUUCACUACCAAGAAGAGAUUUCAUCCCUCUUGUCCCAAAUUGUUGAUCUUCAGCAUAAAAUUAAAGAGCAUAUAAUUGAAAGAGAAGAGUUGAAAUUGCACCUACAAGCUUCCAAGGAUGCCCAGAGACAGCUGACAGCAGAGCUGCAUGACUUGCAAGAGCGGAAUGCAGAGUGUCUGGGGAUGUUACAUGAGUCUCAAGAAGAAGUGAAGGGACUGCGGAGCAAAGCCAGCCACGCUGCCCUUCUCUGCCGCCCCCAGUCAUGUGGAGCAUUUCCUGGGGAAUCUUUGGCAGCAGAGAUUGAGGGAAUGAUGCGGAAGGAGCUGAGUUUGGAUGAAGAAACUGUCUCUAAACAAAAGAUUCAACAAAAGCGCAUAUUUGAUACUGUCAGAGUGGCUAACGUUAUACGUGGCCAUUCUGCUUUGUGCUCUGCCCCGCUACCCAUUCCAGGGUCAAAUCGGUCAAGUGUUGUCAUGACAGCAAAGCCUUUUCAUUCUGGCUUGCAACAUGUGGAAGGAAAGGUGCAUCAGUCUCAGAGGACCAACCCAGAGAACAUUUCCAAGGAAGCUCAAAAACUGGGCUAUCCUGGCGUCCCUGGUGAAGAUGAUUUAGCCACUGCUCUGCAUAGACUUUCCCUCCGUCAACAGAACUACUUGAGCGAAAAGCAGUUCUUUGAAAAGGAAUGGGAGCGGCGGAUGUGUUCGCUGACUGACCAUAAAGAACUUAGUGGCUGUAGCACUCCAGUGGAGAGCUGCCUUUCAGCGGGCAGCAGUUCAGAACCCACUGACUUCUCUGGCACCUCCUGCAGUUUACGCUCCCUCCUCCCGGAGAAACUACAGAUUGUCAAACCCCUUGAAGGCUCUCAGACCCUGUUCCACUGGCAACAGUUGGCUCAGCCUAACCUAGGCACGAUUCUUGACCCACGCCCUGGUGUUGUCACAAAAGGUUUCACGCCACUGUCUGAAGAUGAUGCCUAUCACCUCUCUGAUUUUGAAGAAGAUGAGGAAGAAAAGGAUGAAGGCAUAACCUUCCAAGUGCAGCAAUCCCCCCUUGAGGAAAGGAAACUCACAGUGCCAAAGUCAGUGUCAGGAAUCUUCCUGCCACCUGUUAAAUUAGCAACAGUUUCCCUAGCAGCUUCCAAUCCAGGAAAAUGUCUGUCAUCUACAAACUCUACGUUUACUUUUACCACUUGUAGGAUUCUCCAUCCAUCUGAUCUCACACAGGUUACCCCCAGUGCUUCAUAUUCUCCCUUGUGCUCUGGAAGUUGCAGCAGUACAAGCAGUACAGUCACAAGCUCCCCAGCUGUGUCAUACAGGCUUAGCAUUGGAGAAUUCCUCACUAACAGAAGAGACUCAACCAUCACCUUCAGUACAAGCUUAGCUAAGCUUCUGCAAGAACAGGGCAUCUCUGCCAAGGUCUACAACAGCCCAGUCUUGGAGAAAGUGCCCCUGUGCCAGACUCCCAAGAUACUUGCUGUUCCUUCAACACCCCCAAAUUCUCCCUUGCAUUCCCCUUGCCCUUCCCCUUUGCCUUUUGAGUCUCGAGCAAAUGUGUCUGAAAACUUUUUGGCCUCUCGACCAGCUGAAACAUUACUGCAGGAGAUGUAUGGACAGAAAACCUCUACUCCUCCUGAUGCAGGACAACUGAAGAUGAAUCUGGUGGAGAGGCUAAAGAAGCUGGGCAUUGCCAGAGUCAUCAAGCAGCCCGAGGCAAGGGACAACAGAAAGAGCCAGGGGGCACAAAGUGGCCUGCAAAGGCAUGACUCGGCUGUGUAUGUCAGUGCAGGCAGCAAUCUGAUGGGUGGACUGAGAAGAAACCACAGCCUUCCCGUCUUGGUUGGUGCUCUUGGAGGUGCAGUGACCACAUCCUCUUCAAAAAUGGGAGUCCUGAAGGAGAAUUGAGCAGUUUGGCAUGGCUGACUGUUAGCAGGAGAAAAUAUACAAAAUGCAUAAACGGGGGAUGUAGGCCAUGGUUAAAAGGAUGUUUUAAAAAAUGGUUGUUGUAGGAGGCAGGUAUAUUGGGAGGAGUGACUUUGCACAGAAUGUGGAAAAGAAGUAGUACAUUUUAAGAGAGCAAAGGUAAAGCGAAAACCAAAGUUCAGUUUUGAGACCACUGAAAUCUCUAGCCAUCUAUCAAGCAAAUACAUUCUAUUUACUACCUUUGAUAUUACAUGGAUGGGAUAAUAAAUAAUGUGAGUUCUGUCUCUGAGUGUAUUUUAUCCGGUGUUAUCUGAGAGCUCCUAGCACUUCAACGUCAUUUGGAGGAGAAGAGCAGGAGCAGGUGGGGUAGUGCCACAGAGCCAUCCUUCCGGUACCAACAUCACUGCCACUUAACUGGACAGUGCAGCACAAAGAGGCUGCGAGCUCGGGGCUGUGCUGGUGCAGUGGUGAGAUGACCAGAUUGGCUCCCCCAGUGUGCCCACAAAGCCCUAACCUUGAUGCUGCCCUGCCCUUGCACCAUCCAGGUAAGUGGCAGCAAUGGCAGUAUCAGGAGGUCAGUUCUGUGGUGCCACCCCACCAUGUCAGCUGCUCCUGCUGAAGAGUCAAACAUUUGUUAAACAAUGAUCCAGAACAAAAGGUGCAAUCUGUUUUUAGUGGAGAGAUUAGCUUAAUUUAUAAAUGUAAAAUUCAACCAAUGGAAUGUAUAUAGGCUCUCCUUUAAAAAAAGAAUCAGGAACUUAGUGGAGAAAGUACUUGAGAUAUAUAUUUGUAUCCAGGAGUGCAAAAUUACAAAGACAUUGCCUUUCGCACAAGCAAAAAACAACCUCAGGCAAAUAUUUAAAAGGGAGUAAAAUCCAUGUCCUUUACUUAGGGUAUAUUAUUGAUGUAAAUGGGAAGCAUAUAUUAAGCAGAAACAGAAUAGUGUGUUUAACAUUCUACAUCUGAUUGUAUUUUGGACAUGUUUAAUACUUUAAUACUGGAAUAAUCUGGAGUUAUUCCGUGCAUUUAAAACACAACCACAGUUUUAAGUGACUGUGGACUGGAGCCAUAAUCUCUGGGAAGAUCUAUUUUAUAACUAAAUUAGAUUGAUCAGUUUUCUUCUGAUUCUUGGCAGGCUUCCUUUGCACAUAGAGGAGAGCAUCAAGUGUACAAAGUAACAUGCACAACUGCCUUUGUUAAUGUGGAAUAAGAUGGCAGCUGUUUUUUCAAGACACAAGUAUUGGCAUUGCUAGAAAUAAAUAAGUCUGUCUUCCCUGAUAAAGAAAUUCUAAAUCUUAAUGUUUCUGAAUGAAUUCUGUGCUAGAGUUUUUUGUUUUGGCAGAAUGAACAGAUAGAAAUUUAGUGUCUCUCAGGAUAGUUCUAGGUGUGUGGUGGAAGCACAACUGACUUGGGGUACCUCCCUGUUUUUGUACUUUCUGUGUCAUGACAAGUGGAAACCUGAUAUGCAGAAACUACGCAUAUCUAAAAUGAGCGAGAAUACUUGCAAAUCAUGAUAUGCUUGCAGUGAGCUGUGUUGUAAAAUUAAGCACAAAUGGUGGCUGUGUGACUUGACCUUUAGGCAUACAUGAUCUCUAGUUACCGCAGGACGUAUCCAUAAGUUCAAAACAAAAUAGAUAUAAAAGACAUGAUAAAUUGUUUAUGCUGUGUGUCAUUUACAACAUAUUUCUCUUAACCAACCCCUUAAACAUUCUAGGUGAGGACUUUUGAUGGUUUCUGUGAAGCAAAACUGUCUAAAACAGCUACACAAGUACUUUUGCCAACUGCUGUCCCUCAGUAUAAUCUAUGAGCAUAUAUAACAGCUCCAUUGGUUGUGGAAAUGAAAUUAAAUCCUGUAACUUGUAAACUUUUAUUUAUUUAUAAAUUACUAUAUACAGGUUAACUCUAUUUUAAAUUAUAAGCAUGUUCUAAAAUUUUGAAAGCACUCAGAGUGGUUUUCCUUCAUUGAUUAUAAAAGCUUGCACCCCUUGGCAAGACAAAUAAAAGGGAAUUUUGUUUAAUUUGUUCUUAGUUAAUUAAGCCUGGAAUCCAACAUAUCCUGCUUUACUUCUGCAGUAGAAGGGGGAAGAUCAGCUUAUGAAAUAGUAGCAUUUGCCCAGGAUAACCAGCAAUACUUAGAGGAAGACAAGCACAAGGUUUCAUCUGGUGUGGAGUUGACGUAUGCCUGAUUUAUGUAAUCUGUAAAUUCCUGCUGCAUUCUUUUUUUAAAAAAAUAGUAAUCUAGAUUGAAUGUGGAUUUCAACUGGCUUUUUUGUAAUAGCAUCUGUUUUUUAGUUAUCUGAACUCUGUUAUCAAUGGAAGAAGCAAACCAUACUCAUGUAAAAUUUAAUUUUGUGAGUAUAUUCAGUAAAUGCAUGUUCCUCUGUUCAAAGAGCUUUUUUCAUCCUUCCAAGAUGGUAUCAAGAAAUCACAGUCCAACAAAAUAGAAAGAAAGCUUGGUCCAGCCCCUGAUGGGGGGAGGGAGCUGGCUAAUGCAAUUGUUGUCAUCCCAUCAAAGUGUAGCCAGUAAGCAGCAAGGAAAAAAAAUAUGUUUGUAUCCAUAGCUAUUCAAGUGCAUUUUGUACAGUGUGUCUCAGGUCCCUUCUUUCAGUGUAGUAGUACCUUUGUGCCAAAAUCCUUUUAGGACAUGAGCCUUUGAAAUAGUUCAAGAGAUGUCGGUAUAGAUGCAAGAAAAGCAAGUGACUAUAUAGCGUCCCAGAUAGCUUCUGUUAUGUAAGGUGGUUUAUCUGACAGGACUGGUUUUGCCAUUAGUUAUAACAGUCCUAUAGGAUGUCUGGAAGGAAAUAUUUAUCAUGCAAUGAUAAUGCAACUGGCCAUCUUUUUUACUAGCAUAUAUACUUGAAAAUGGGUACUAAACUUGGGUGCCAAUUCACCCAAUAAAAAUCACACACACAAUAAAAAUCAAUAUUGAAAAUAUGUUAAUUAUGUUCCAUGAACUCAAUGCACAUUUGAUAAAUAAACAAUAUAUUUCAGUCUCUCUGCUAUUUGCACCAGAAGACUGCCAUUUUUUUUACCAAAUACACAUCCUAAUGGUCAUAAAGAUAAGUUGUUUUUACAGGCACAAAGAUGAAAUGUACUUCAGCUAAGAAGGGUGGGAAGUUCUGUAAAAUAAAGCAGUAUAGAAAAGAGUGAAGGGCUGACCCAGCAGUUUGUGCAACUUUUCUAGUUACAAUCAAUGACAGAUUGUUUUUGCACAUGACUUUAUUUUAAAGUGGAAUCCAAGUCUGAUAAUAAAUGCAUAAAGCCUGACUUUUUAACACAA